AGUGCUUGACGAGUCACUAUAAACCGCCUCGCCGACCUCAGAAGAGAGAGAGAGAGAGAGAGAGAGAGAAUCCUUUGUAGUAAGAGCGGUCGAGAGCCAUUGUUCUGUUGUAAUUCGCCCAUUCGCCGGAGACAAGCGACAGAGCGGAACAGAAGCGGUUGCGGACGAAGAGAGAGAGAAAGAGAGAGAGGCAGAAUCUGUUCUUCCGUACUGGGGAAAUCGCAGGUUUUUUGGAGUUUCGUGUCGUCCUGUUUCGACUUCGAAAUCGGUUUCCUUCGUAGCGGGAGAGGAAAAGAGGUGAACUGGAGUUUGGGGCUUCUGCUCUCAUUGGAAAAUAGAAGUUCUCACUUUCUUCGUUGAAGGCGGCUGAUUAGUGGACGAUGAUGGAGGUGGAUUUGAUGCAUCCUUCAUAUGAUUCAUGGGAUAGUGAUGAUGAAUACGAAAAGUUUAUUAAGAGGAUGAACCCGCCGAGGGUUGAUAUUGAUAACGAAUCCUGUGCCAGAGCAACAGUUGUUCGGGUUGACAGUGCGAACAAGUAUGGGAUCCUUUUGGAAGUUGUUCAGGUUCUUACAGAUCUGAAUCUAAUCAUCAUUAAAGCUUAUAUAUCAUCUGAUGGCGGCUGGAUCAUGGACGUUUUCAACGUUACCGAUCACGAGGGAAAGAAAAUUAGGGAUGAAACUACUAUCAAACUGCUAGUGGAUUACAUUCGGAAGUCCUUGUGGGCAGAUUCUUCCUUUCUUCCUUCUAGGAGAAGAUCAGUGGACUUUGCACCAUCCUCUGACUACACUUCAAUUGAGCUAACUGGGACUGACCGGCCUGGUUUGAUUUCUGAAGUGAGUGCUGUUCUUACAGACCUGAAGUGCAAUGUUGUUACUGCUGAAAUAUGGACGCAUAAUAACAGAGCAGCAGCUGUGAUGCAAGUGACAGAUGAAGUCACAGGUGCAGCCAUUACUGACCUAGAAAAGCUUUCGAAAAUCAAAGAGCUCUUGUGCAAUGUUCUUAGAGGAAAUAACAAGACCAGAGGAGCGAAAACCGCUAUUUCAAUGGGGGUCACACAUACAGAGAGAAGGCUCCACCAGAUGAUGUUUGCAGAUAGGGACUAUCAGAGGACUGGCCAGGAAUUGGUUGAUGAGACUAUGAGGCCAAAAGUCUCUGUUGUGAAUUGUUAUGAUAAGGAGUAUUCAGUGGUCACAAUUCAGUGCAAGGACAGACCAAAGCUUCUUUUUGACACAAUUUGCACUUUGACGGAUAUGCAAUAUGUGGUAUUCCAUGCAAAUGCUGAUGGCGAGGGCCCAGAAGCUUAUCAGGAAUACUAUAUCCGGCACAUAGAUGGGUUUCCCAUCAACUCUGAAGCUGAGAGAGAGAGGAUUAUUCAAUGUCUUGAAGCAGCCAUAGAGAGGAGGGUAUCUGAGGGUUUGAAGCUUGAGCUGUGCACAAAUGACAGAGUGGGAUUGCUUUCGGAUGUGACGCGCAUCUUCCGCGAGAACGGACUUACAGUAACAAGAGCUGAAGUUUCAACCAAAGAUGGGAAAGCAGUCAACACAUUUUAUGUUCGUGAUGCCACAGGAAACCAAGUGGAUGCAAGAAUAUUAGAUUCUAUAAGGCAAGCAAUUGGUCAGACCGUGCUUCAAGUGAAAGAGGUUUCCAGAUCUCCUCCCCAAGAGUCUCCCACCAGGUUCCUCUUUGGUGGUCUGUUUAAAUCUAGAUCUUUUUGCAAUUUCGGUCUUGCCAAAUCCUACUCUUAAAGUAUCCUCCCACUCGCCUGUGUACAUAAAUUCUCAUUAUUCUGUCAAUUGCAUCACUUACACAGCCGCUUCCAAAGGCAGGGAAAGCAUCUUAUGUGGCUCGAAGUAUUGUACAGGAACUUCUUCUGGUUUAUCUUUAAUACUGAAUCUGGGAUACUGAAAUGCUGUAAAUAUAGAUGUAAAUACUUUCAGCAAUAUUAAGCAGAAUGCCUUUGAAUCCUGUU